UUGUUAUUGGGGGGGGGGGGUCUUGGAUUUUUUUUCUUCCUUUUUUUAUCUUUCUUUUUUUUUGUAUCAGAAUAUUAAAAAAAUGUGAUUGAUAAAAUAUUUUGCUAUCAGGAUUUUUUUUAUGUCAGAAAAUGCCUCAAAAACACUAACAGUACUUACUACUUAGACUCACAGUCUACUGAAAUAGACAUACAGCCCAGUUAAAAAUGAGAAGGGGGGCGUCCAACGUUCUUAACCAAUAGUCAUGAAAGCGGUUCCAAUUACGGCGUAAGACCAAAGUUACUAACAAUCUUGGAAACGAACAUUCUACAUUUAUGCAUCACCCAAUAAUAUGUAAAAUACCAAAUAUCAUCGAAAUACGAAUUUAUCAGAGUACGACUUGAUAUGAUAAACCAAACGAUAUAUAUUACUUCCGGUUGUAUCGCACAUUUCAAAGUUUUUUUCAUACCAUAGAUUUUGCCGUGGAAAAGAGAGCAACAGUUCUGCAGCUAAUGCAGUCAAUGAAGUAAAAGCUUAAAGCCUAGAAAUGCCUAGAGAUUUUUCAUGGUAAGGAAGUGAUGGCAGAUAUACUGAAGCCGUUGACAGAUCCUGUAAUGAAUGCAGGCAGCCCUGUCCAUCGUGAAGACAAUGUGUGCUCUUUUGACUCUGUACCAGAGAUUCAGGACAAGUUAGCAGACAGCGAUGAGGACACAAGAUCUAACUCCGAUCAUGCUGAUGACAUCAGCAGUCUUACAGAGGACACCCCAACAGCCCCUGGUAAAGACGAGACUGAUGGAGAUGUUAACAAUAUUGAACAGGACGCUGCCAUCAAUGAAAAUUCAGAAAAUGAUCCAUGUGUGAAAGAUACAAAAGACAUGUCUGUACAAGCUGAGGACAAAAGUUCUGAUUUGGACGAGUCUGUGAAUGAAAAGGUGGAAGGUGAUGAGGAGGUCGCGGAGACUGAAAUGCAGACGGAAGAAGAGGAGGAGGAGGAGGGGAUUGAAAUCAACGAGAGCGACAUCGUGAAGGCAACUGAUGUCUUUGGAAAGGGAAAACGUCAGCAUGUGAAAAAAGUGGAUGGAGAAUUCACGGAAGAUUUUGAAAUUAAAGACUCUACCCCACAGCAUAGAUACAUGAAUAGAAAGGCUGGUCUGGUCUCUGAAGAACAAAGAGAACUCCUACUGAAACCAUUCAAAGAAGGAUGGAGAAGGGAAGUUGUAUUUCGAAGUACAUACACCCCUGUCACGAACAAAGGGGCCACGAAGUCAGUUCCUGCCGAUGUUUAUUAUCACCCCCCAGAGGGAAAGAAACUGAGAUCAAUGGUAGACAUUACGAAAUACUUGGUUAUGACAGAUUCAGAGUUGCAGAUAGAAAACUUUUCAUUUAUACGCAAACCAAUCUUAGAACCUCCUUUUGAGGUUGUCCGAUCCUCAGGAACAGUAGGUCGUGGCAGUUUUGGGUCACCAAAAACACCAAAAUUGAGCAAGGAAUCAAAACCGCAAGUUGUUAUUGAACGAGAUGGAGAGGAAAAGGUGCUAUCAGAAGGGGGACAACUCGGUAUUAGUCAGGUUGGAUUUGUGAAAAGAAAGAGAGGACGGCCCCCAAGCAGUAUUAACCGAAACUUUAUGCCACGGACUGGAAUAGCACGGAAAAGGGGUAGGCCCCCCAGUACUACCAAGUCCAUAAAAAUCAUCAAAUUAUCUAAUGAUAAUGCUGGGAUACCUAAAGUGGAAUCACCUGAGUCUUCCUCUCCAGAUGCACCAUCCCCCAAACGAUCAAAGCCCACAGCAAGGAAAAGCACAACACAGGGUGUACCCAAGCCAUUCAAGGCAGCUAAACCUGUUGUGAGCCCUGAGAUUUUAGAAGAGCUGUGUAACUUACACUGUCCUGGGAGGAACAUGGUACCCCCUUCAUUGCAGUGCAUUGUCUGUUUGUGUCUGUUCCAUCCAGAGUGUGUCAACACCGACCAAGACAUCGAGGAUUUUGUUUGUCUGAGAUGUGUGACCGGAUCGUCCUCUGUAAAGCAACAGAAGCCACAAAAAAUGAUGAAGCUGUACCCAUUCUCAAUGUUGAACACUAACGGGAAGUCCAUCUCGGCGACAGUGGUCACUCCACCAACGGCUCGAGUGGUCAAUUCUGUCAGUGUUCCUUCAGUAGUAGCUCCACCAAUCACUGCCUCCACCAGUGUGGUGACCACAUCCACCGUCGCCGUGAAGCAGGAACCCAUGGAUUUAGAGGAAUACACCCAGGACAAGGGAAAGAACGACGUAAGUCCGACAACUUUAGGAUCCCUGAAGUCUGUUCUGGAUAAGAGAAGUGUUGGUGUGUCAUCUUCUGCCAUGCCAGUGUUACUGAACACUUUCAGUGGGUCCCAGGCAAGCUUAGCCUUCAAUGGACAUAGUCCACAAAUAAGUAUGACGGCCAGUAAUAGAUUGGUGUCCCCUAACUCCCCAGCAUUCACAGCAAUUCCAAAUUUGCCAAUCUUUAAUCCAUUACACGCACCAAGUCUACUAGGUCAUCUUCGUGCACCUUCAAAUGCAGUCCCCCAGCCUAGGGCAGCUUUCUCAUGUACAACAUUAAAUUAUUCCUAUCCAAAUGCAUCAGCAGUUUCACAGCCCCCUCCUAAACUCACUGCUGCUCCCACGCCUAAAUCCAGCCCAGACACCAAUGGCAUUGAAAUCACUCAGACAACGAAAAAUGGCCAGUUACUAACAUUACCUAGUGCAGUGGCAAAAAGACUGAAUCUCAAGCAGCCAUUGGCACUGAAGAUUAACAAUAUGCAAAUAACCGUGCCCCCGUCCUGCCUGUUAGUAACGGCAGAUGGUCUGAAAGUGUUCUUGCCCCCCAAAACAUUUCCUGUUCAACUUGGGGAGACAGCAAAACUAUGUGUUACAGUGACAAAUGACAAGUCUUCAUCCCCGAAAACCAAGAUCAGUGUAAAUAUUGGUGAUGGUAGCGCCAGCCUGAAGGAACAGAAUGAGACUCCAGAUUCCAAGAGCAGUCGUUCAGCGAGACAUUCAAAGUCUGGAAUCAACCCAGGGAGCUGUCACAUCAAAAUGUUGUAUGGAGGGUUCGACUGUAUGCUGUGUAUAUUUCAGUAUCUCAAUAUGCAUGAUCUGGCACGAGUGAGUUUGGUUUGUCGGACAUGGAGGGCCUUGGCACGAAAUCCAAUGCUUUGGCAUGAAGUCAAACUUAGAAAUGUGAAGGUGGUGGAUUGGACAAAGGCUGUCAAGUUUCUUCUCUACAGAGCAGUUCAUUCUCUGAAUUUACGAGGUAUGGAGCACUUUGAGAAUCGCAAUCACACUUGGCACCAGUUUUUGUCGAUGGUACCCAGGUUAACCUGCAUUCAGGAUAUCCACUUUGGCCUGGUUCCCGGCUCUGUUCUGCAACAUGUUUGUGAGAAGAUGCCUCAUCUUGAGGUGAUCACGGCGGAGUGGAUCAGUGAUCAUGAUGAUGAACAGAAAUGGGAUCAUGUAACUAAACUGAAUAUUGGAAAAUUUAGCUCAGUGCAGAAUCUGAAAGAAUUAAAGCUUCGAGGAGUUGCUGGACUAGCGCUGCCAUCAUUUACCCUGAGUGGAGGACUAGAUGAACUGUCAUCUCUUAAGCAACUUAAAAAGCUGUCUCUGACUACCCUUGCCAAUGUUGAGGAAUCUGAAUUCACUUUCCUAAAGAAGAUGGAACAACUAGAAUGUCUGGAGAUGGGAGAUUGUAUACGAUGGACGUCCAAGACUUAUUCCUUGUUGUCCAAUCUGAAGAAUUUGAGAGUUUUGUGUCUGGAAAAUGGUGGAAACAUACAAAGCGAUGAAGGGCUUGGCCAAGCUCUCAGUCAGAUCAAAAGUCUGCAGAGGUUGGAACUGACGAUGUUUGUGUUGCCAGAGACGGUUAUUGGACUGGAUCACAUCAAGACCUUAGUGGUUUGGCCGAAUACUCAAGAAAGCACAGUCAUACCAGCAAAGGUAAAUUCUAACAUGAUGAAGAUGGUUUCCAAGCUCCAGCACCUGGAGCAGUUAGAAUGGGGGAUUGUGAACAAUACCAGUACUUCCAUUAUACUGGACAAUGAAGCCUCGAAUACAGAGUGGAUACCAUUCCUUCCAAACGCAGAAGAGAACAGUCCUGGUAGCGAAACGACAGUGGAGUACAUUUCUGUCGUACAGUUCACGUCAAAUCUCACUAAAGCGCUCCCCAUUACCAAGAUUAAAGUGUACAAUUCUAAAGUAACGCAGUACGGCGACAGAGGAUCAUAGACAAGUUCUUAUAGCGAUAUACAGUUUUAAAAUUGCUACAAUUUUUAGUUGUACAUGAAACAGUGUUAACAUUAUAUACUGUACAGAAACUCGGAUAAGAGGACGUUCCGAGAUAGGAGGAUAUUUUUCAAACGAGGAGAACAUGUGUACAUAUCGUCUUUCUGUUGAGCAAGAAUAUUGGACAAAACAUUCAUUGAAUGUAGAAUUCCUGGAGGUGCUAAAGCUGUGCAACAUCCAAUCCAAGAGAUUUGUCCAUUUGUGUCCUUGUGAGUUUAUUUUACCUUUAGCCUCUAGGGCUAAAAUUAUAGGACAAAGGAUAUAGAGAAAAUCACGUUUACAUUUACAUGUAACAGUAUGCUUGUUUAAAGUAGUGUUACUUUGGAGUUACGAUUGCAGUUUUCAAUUUAAUUUGAAAAAUUAAAUUUAGAUGCAUUUGCAGUGAAAUGAAGGAAAGUCGAAUUCAUUGUGAACUAACUUUAUGUAGUAUGAGAUUAAGGCCAAUUCAACUUAAUUGAUAGAUUAUAAUCCCUGCCCGCCCCGAAUUUUUUUAUUUUAUGAAACUUGCGAUUUCCGGAAUAUUUUCAUGUCCGAUUCUGGUAUUUACACUUCUUGUUUACAUUUCCGGUAUAGGAACGUGAAAAGUCAUGUGAAGAAAAUAGAUUUAUAUGGUUUUCUUAAUUUUUCGCGUUUUUACAGACAUAAAUCUUGAAGAAGUUGGGUAUAUUUCUGUUAUAUCCUUAAAUUAAAGCUUAACCUGGAAUUAGUGUAUGAAAAUUGCAUAGAUUGAUAUCCAUCUGCCAUUAAAUUAUGCGGAGCUGUUGGGGGAAAAAAACCUUGUUUGUCUUUAAAUAUUUUUCUCUGAAAAUAAAAAUUAAAAAAUAUAAUCCUCCCACCCGCCCCAUACUUUUUGCUGACCCUGGGUGAUAAUCUACUAAUUAAGUUGAAUUGGCCUAAUAUCGACUUUUUUAUUGCAGCAAAAAUAAUUUACACAUUGUAUAGUGUAAAAUGUGACAAACCAUAUUGUAAAUUUUCUUCUUCUUUUUUAAAGAUUUAAAAUGGCAGAAUGUGAAAAGUUACUGAACAAACAAUCUGGAACAAAAACCAAACACUUUUCAUUCGGAAUUUCUUGUCCAUGCUGGGUACAGUCCACUUAAUAUGUAUCUUUCAUAUUGCUAUGGUAUCUGCAUGCAUUAUGGUUAUAGAUGUUUUCUCUCUCUUUUUUUUUUUUUUAAAUAAAUAUAUCAACAUUGUCA